AUGGACCUGUGUGAUGCGGUCAGUGAUAACAUGGUAGCUUACCGUGAGAUGUAUAAUCUGAUGGAAGAAUUACCUGAAGAUCCAGUAGAGAAGCGGCGCAUCGACCGCCGCGCAAAAGCAUAUGAAGUGGUAGAAGGGGAGCUCUACAAGCGAAGCAUAUCAGGUAUACUUCAACAGUGCAUCGCACUCGAAGAUGGAAAAAGUUUGCUGCUGGAGAUACAUGAAGGCACCAGGUGCCAUCACACGAGCAGCCAAGCACUUGUCGCCAAAGCGUUCAAAGGAUGGAUUUACUGGCCAACUGCAGGCCAAGACGCUAGAGACCUGGUCCAGAAGUGCGAUGCAUGCCAGCGCUUCGCGUCAAAGCCGCAUGCCCCAGCCACAGACCUCAUGACAAUACCUCUCGUCUGGCUUUUCACAAAGUGGGGACUCGAUCAAGUUUGA